ACCCUUUCCCACUCUGAUAAUCUAGCCAUGACUAGCAGAAGCACAGCCAGGCCCAACGGGCAGCCCCAGGCCAGCAAAAUAUGCCAGUUCAAACUGGUCCUGCUGGGUGAAUCUGCGGUGGGGAAAUCCAGCCUGGUGUUACCUUUUGUCAAAGGGCAGUUCCACGGGUACCAGGAGAGCACCAUUGGAGCGGCCUUCCUUACCCAGUCUGUUUGUCUAGGUGACAUGACAAUCAAGUUUGAGAUCUGGGACACAGCUGGGCAGGAGCGAUACCAUAGCUUGGCCCCCAUGUACUACAGAGGUGCCCAAGCUGCCAUUGUGGUUUAUGACAUUACUAAUCAGGAAACCUUUGCCCGAGCGAAGACAUGGGUAAAAGAACUCCAGCGACAGGCCAGCCCUAGCAUCGUUAUUGCCCUGGCAGGGAACAAAGCUGACCUCGCCAACAAGCGCAUGGUGGAGUAUGAAGAGGCCCAGGCAUAUGCAGAUGACAACAGCUUAUUGUUUAUGGAGACUUCAGCCAAGACAGCUCUGAACGUGAACGAUCUCUUCCUGGCAAUAGCUAAGAAGUUGCCAAAGGGUGAACCCCAGAAUCUGGGGGGUGCAGCAGGCCGAAGCCGGGGUGUGGAUCUUCACGAGCAGUCCCAGCAGAACAAGAGCCAGUGUUGUAGCAACUGAGGGGGUGGCUAGCAGCAAACAAGUAUGGAGCUAGUACGAGAACUAAGAAAUAACCUCCAUCCCCUCCUCGGGACACAGCCCCACGGUAACAGCACAGCGAGCCCUGGCUCCCAAGGGCUGCCUCCUGACGGCUCCAUCACAGCACUUUUUAAUGCUUCAGCAGCAGCACCAGGCCGCUGUUGCCACUGGCCUCCUACCCCUACUCUGGGGCUUGGGGGUCAGAUCCCCCAGGACUUACCUUCCAAACCAAACUUUCUUCACUUUGUAUUAUAGGUGCAAGACAGUGACCUACUCAUCUUUCCUCCUUCUGCCCAUUUUUUCAGAAAACUAUUUUUUUUUUUUUUUUGUCUCCUGCCCCUUCCCCUUCUGCUUUUGGUCAGUCUCUAUUCUUGAUCUCCUUUCCCUCCUCUCCCCAGGAUGGAGAAGGUGGUGAACCCAGGAACUGAGGAAGGUUUCCAGUUCAGUCACAUUAAGGGCCUUGGGGAAAGUAAGGCUCAGAGCAGGGGGUAGUAAGGAAACAUUGCCUUUUUGUUUUUGUUUGGUUGGAGUUCCUCAUAUUUGAAAGCACUGCAGUCCAUGAGUUGGCCUUGUGGAGGGUUUUUCUAGGUAGAGGUGGGAAUGGGACGGCCAGCUCCCGGGCACCAGGUUGGAGUCUUGCUAUUGGCUGCCUGGGCAGAAGUGGAAGGGGUGGAGAGGGAGUGUCAUCUGUGGCUCGUAAACUCUUCCAAGGCCUAUUUUCCCCUCACCCAACUUCUUAGGUAGCUUCUCCCCCAUAAUGGGGGAGAUUCUGGACCCCAGAGUCCUCCAAAGAAUUUUCACUGGUUGCCUGCCUCUUUGGCUCUGCUGUGAUCUAAAUGGAGGAGGGACCAGUUUCUGAUACCCAACCUCUGACUUAGGCAUUUUUUUCUCUCUGGCCUUCAGAUGGCCUCAGCCCCAGCCACCAUAUCCCCCUG